AUGUCCAAGGUUGCCAGCAGACGCGCCAAGCUCGCCGAGCUCAAGGCCCUCAAGGCCUCGGGCAAGAAAGCCUUCGAUGCCUACGAGGUCGAGCAGGAGCAGGACCUCUACGAGGAGGUCGACGAGAAUCAGUACAAGAAGAUCGUCCGUGAUCGUCUGAACCAGGACGAUUUCGUCGUCGACGACAAUGGCGAGGGCUAUGCCGACGACGGCCGCGAGGACUGGGACCGCGUUCACCACUAUGGCAGCGACAGCGAGGACGAACGCGUCCUUGGUGGCCACGACCGCAAGACAGACAAGCGCAAGCGCGAGGAAGACAAGGCCAAGAAAGACGCGAAUGACCGCGACAUCAGCGAGUACUUCAUGAAAGGCCGCACCGCCCCACAGCCGAAGCCAAAGGCUGUCAAGACCGAGGCCGACGACCAGUUUCUGGCUGACCUCCUCGGCGAGGUCGACGCCAACAUCCCUGCCCCCGUAUCGCGCGCUCAGAAGAAGAUCACCCCGGAAAGGAGGAAAGCCCGCGUCCUGUCCCCAGUCCGCCAGCCAGCCAGCAAGAAAGCAAAGAUAACAGAGCCUUCCUUGCCGUCACCCGAUGCCUUCGACGGCGACGACUUCAUGGCGCCAAUGGACGACGACCUGCCCCUGCCCCCUUCGGCAGACGUCCCCAUGAGCGAUCCGGAACCCGCACCUUCAUCGCCGACCGCAAAGGCCUUUGAACGCAAGAUUCAAGUUAAGACCGAGCCUGUAGAAGACGAGGAUGACGAUAUCAUGGAGGUCGCCCACGCCGGCACCAUCAAUGCCGCCAGUGUCAACAUGUCUGCCUCGAGGCCGAUCAAGAAGCUAGUGAAGCCAGACCCAUAUCCUUCUCCGGCCAACAGUUCCCCGGCGAAGGCGCCAGAGACUUCUGUCGACGCAUCGUCAUGGAACGACCUAACCAGCAAACUCAAUGUCGUGAGCUCCCCUGCUACUGAGACUCGAUCCAUCGGCAAGAUGGACUACAAGGACGCGAUCGAGGAGGAUGGCAGCCUCAACUUCUUCUGGACCGAUUACACCGAGGCGAACGGUAGUCUGUGUCUGUUCGGCAAAGUCUUGAACAAGAAGACAAAGUCGUACGUAAGCUGUUUCGUCAAAGUCGACAACAUCCUUCGGAAACUGUACUUCCUGCCACGCCAACAUCGCAAGCGGGGCGGCGUUAUUACAGAUGACGAGGUCGAGAUGAUGGAUGUCUAUUCCGAGGUGGACGAGAUCAUGACCAAGAUGAACGUUGGCAUGCACAAGAUCAAGGCGUGCACCAGAAAGUAUGCUUUUGAAUUGCCCGACAUACCCAAGGAGGGCCAGUACCUCAAACUCUUCUAUCCCUACAACAAGCCUCAGAUUGCACCAGAGACCACUGGUGAGACCUUCUCCCACAUCUUCGGCACCAACACCGCCUUGUUUGAGCAGUUUGUUCUGUGGAAGGACAUCAAGGGUCCCUGCUGGCUGAAGAUCAAGGACGCCGACUUUGGCGCCAUCAAGAAUGCGUCGCACGCCAAGUUGGAAGUAUUGGUUGAACAUCCCAACAUGGUCUCGUCCAUGAGCGAGUCAGAUAACCUAGAUGCUCCCCCAUUGACCAUGAUGAGUGUGGCGAUGCGCACCACGUUCAACGCCAAGGACAACAAACAAGAAAUCCUCUCGAUCAGCGCCCGUAUCUACGAAAAUGUCCUCCUAAGCGACACUACGCCGGCUGAGAAACUGCCUUGUCGAACAUUCACUCUGAUCAGACCAAAUGGUGCAUCGUUCCCGCUUGGUUUCGAGAAGCUGGCCAAGGAGCGAAAGAAGGGCUUGAUCAAGCUCAUGAAACAAGAGGCCGAGAUUCUCUCUUUCUUCUUGGCUCAAGUUGACGUUGUAGAUCCUGAUGUCAUAAUGGGGCACCAGCUCGAGGGUGUUGACUACAGCAUCUUGCUCAACCGGUUGCACGAAAGAAAAACUCCGCAGUGGUCUCGUCUCGGACGGUUGCGAAGAAGUGUAUGGCCGCAAUCCAUAGGCAAGGUUGGCGGAAACGUCUUCGCCGAGCGCCAGAUCAUCGCCGGCCGUCUGUUGUGUGAUCUCGCCAAUGAUGCAGGAAAAUCCGUCAUGUUCAAGUGUCAAUCUUGGAGUUUGACGGAGAUGUGCAGUCUCUACCUCGGUGGAGAAAAACGAAGAGACGUUGACAAUGAGGCGGCUCUCAAGACAUGGGCAACGGAGAAGACCGGUCUGAUGGACUACAUCACACACAUGGAGGCUGACACACACUAUAUUGCGGCUCUUGCCCUAAGAACCCAGAUACUUCCUUUGACCAAGGUGCUCACCAAUUUGGCGGGCAACUCCUGGGCACGAACCCUGACUGGUACUCGUGCUGAGCGAAACGAAUACAUUUUGCUGCACGAGUUCCACCGCAACAAGUAUAUCGUUCCGGACAAGCAAGUCUUCAGGGGCAAAGUCAAGGCCGACGAUGAGAAUGAGGAAGAGGCCAGUGACACCAAAAAGAAGGACAAGUACAAGGGAGGUCUAGUUUUUGAGCCGGAGAAGGGUCUUUAUGACAAGUUUGUCCUCGUCAUGGACUUCAACUCCCUAUAUCCGUCCAUCAUCCAGGAGUACAAUAUUUGCUUCACGACCGUUGAUCGAGCUGGAAUGUCUGACGAUGACGACGCUGUUCCUGAGGUGCCAACCGAUCAAACGCAGGGCAUUCUCCCAAAGCUCAUUGCGACAUUGGUCAGCCGUCGUAGAGCUGUCAAGUCCAACAUGAAGGAUAAGAAUGCCACCCCUGAGCAGCUUGCAACCUGGGAUAUCAAGCAGCUUGCCCUGAAACUUACUGCCAAUUCCAUGUACGGAUGUCUUGGUUAUACCAAGUCCCGAUUCUACGCUCGCCCUCUUGCAGUUCUCACAACCUUCAAGGGUCGAGAGAUUCUGCGCAGCACAAAGGACUUGGCCGAGUCCAAUUCCCUCCAGGUCAUCUACGGUGACACCGACUCUGUGAUGAUCAACGCCAACGUCAACUCCGUAGCGGAUGCGCUCAAGGUUGGUCAGGAGUUCAAGAAGGCCGUUAACGAGAGAUACCGACUUCUUGAGAUUGAUAUCGACAACAUCUUCCGCCGCAUCUUGUUACAAGCCAAGAAGAAGUACGCCGCCAUUAACCUGAUCGAGGUACCCGGUGGCAAAUGGGAGGAGAAGAUGGAAGUCAAGGGUCUGGACAUGAAGCGCCGAGAGUACUGUGGCCUGUCCAAGGAAAUCUCAUCGCGUAUUCUGAACGACAUUCUCUCUGGUGACGACACAGAAGUCUCCAUCCAGCGUAUUCACGAAUAUCUGCGUGAGAUUUCAGCCAAGAUGCGCGAACAUACGAUUCCCGUGCAGAAGUACAUCAUUUUCACACAGCUUGGCAAGGCGCCAAAGGAAUACCCCAACGCCGACUCGAUGCCUCAGGUGCAAGUAGCCCUGCGAGAAAUCGCCAGAGGCAAGAACGUCCGCCGUGGCGACGUGAUAUCGUACGUCGUCACGGGCGAUAGCAAGUCGACAUCUGAGCCCGUAGCCAAGCGAGCCUACACCCCUCAGGACGUCAUGAAGAACGAUUCGGGGCUCAAGGUUGAUGUUGAAUGGUAUAUUGGCAAGCAGAUAUUCCCUCCUGUGGAGCGUCUGUGUGCAAAUAUCACCGGCACAUCUACGUCGCAGCUAGCUGAGCAGCUCGGGCUUGACGUGCGACGGUACGCCAACAACUCUUCUUCUCACGGCCAAAACAGCAACGACCUCGAGAUCCACCCUCUAGAGUCGCAAAUCCCCGACUCUAUCCGCUUUAGUGAUUGUGCCCGUCUCCAGCUGCGCUGCCGCAAAUGUCGCACUUCAUCCACGUUCGAGGGCCUGCUUGGCAGCAAGAACAUUACACCUCAGGGUGUCUGCUGUGCUGCAUGCUCUGCAGUCAUCCCUAACCUCAGCAUCGUUGCGCAGGUUGAGGCCGCCAUCCGCAAGCAGACAGCGCGCUACUACGAAGGCUGGCUGGUCUGCGAUGACUCGUCGUGUGGUGCCCGCACUCGUCAGAUGAGCGUCUACGGGCACCGAUGUCUUGGACCCAAGGGCCUGGCUUCUGGCUGCCUCGGCAGGAUGCGGUACGAGUUCGGCGAGAGGGACGUGUACAACCAGCUGGUGUACUUCGCGAGCCUCUGGGACGUGGAGAAGGCCAAGGCCAAGGUGAAGAACGGCGAAGGUGCCGGUGACGGCGCGGAGAAGCUGCCCGAGGCGGACAAGGAGAUGAUGCUUGCGCUCGCGGUGCACAACCAGGCGAGGUUCGGAACCGUUCAGAGCUGCGUGGAGAAGUACCUAGACAAGUGUGGACGCAGAUGGGUCGCCAUGGACACCUUGUUUGGAAAGCUCGGUUUUGUUGCCUCAUGA